UGAGACUUGACACAAAAAAAAACCCAAAAAAAAAAAGUAAAAUUCAUUGUGAGCUCGGGUGUGCAGGUGCCGCCGCGUCAAAAUUUUUUUAUUAAUUGACAAUAGUUCAAAAUUAUAGUCAGUGAUAUCAUUAUAUAUUUUUGAGCAUCACACAAUCGGCUAGCAACAAUUGUGUUGUUUAAUUAUAAUUUAACAAAAAAAAUUUUGAAAAACAGUUAUUAAUUUCUAUGAUGCGCAAAUAACAAGUGAACUUUUACUCAAGAGAAAAAUAUCUUAAAAAUCAUACGAUUCCAUAAAUUUAUGAACCGUUACAACGCGCAGCAAUGUAAAUUUUAUGGCAAAUAAUCCAUCUAUAAGGAUUGUAAAUCAAAAAAAUUUAUCCAAAGGUUUUUCAUUAAUGAACUGUAUGGACCACAUUAGUCAACAAAGACAAGCUUUAUUUGUAUAUGCUGUAUGUCAUAUUAAUUAUAACGAAUAUCAUGUACUCUAUGCUAGCAAAAAUUUUUGGUUGGGUCGAUGAAGGCUCAAGAAAACGAAGACAUCAAGAAAAUGAUAUUUGUCUUAAUUCUGUAACACCAAAAAAGACUUGUUAUCAUAAUUGUAAUCAUAAUAAUCAAAAAGAACUUGAAACAAUCAACAACUCGAUUCCAAUUUUUGAUAAUAUAAAUUAUCAACAAUCAAAUACACACAGAAAUUAUCUUGGAUACAGUGAUAAUUCAAUUAGAAAGCCAUAUAAUCGUCCAAAUUGUUGUUACUAUCGUAAUUCUCAAUCAGUUGGUAAAACAAAAUUACAUCACAACAGCUUAAAAAUGGGUUCAAUUUUGGGAAAAAAUCGACAACGUCCAUCAUACGUAGAUUCAAAAAAUUCUACACUUAGUAGAACUAAUCAACUUCGUGAAAAACAGCAGUAUAGUGAAAUGCUACAAAGUUUUUGUGUUCCAAAAAUUCAACUUAUUCAUCCAACACCAAAUGGUAAAAAGAAAUCAAAUGAAGUAAUAGAGGUGAUUGAUGUUGAAAAUGUUGAGCCUUCAACAUCUAGAAAAUUCUCACCAGAAGUUUACAAAACACCAAAUACAAAAGCAACAACAAAUUGGUAUACACCAAUGACAUCAAUAAAAACAUCUAGAUUUAAUAAACAACAACAACAAUCACAACAUGAAGAAGUACAAUUAUCAUCCGAUAAUGAUGAGGAUGAUAUAAUUGUAGAAAAAGUAACACCAAGAACAAGCUCAAAAUUAAAAAAAGUAGUUGCAAAUCGUUCUGUUGAAGUUAUUGCAACAAAUACACUUAGAGAUAGACUUGCAUCAAAAGAAGUUAUAAGAGUUGAUUAUGUUCCACGUGUUACUGAAGAAUAUAAAGAACGUAUGGAACAACGUAUUAAAGAAGCUGAACAAUUAAAAAAAGAAACAGAACUUCUUGCAUCACAAAAUCGUCAUCAACGUACACUUGGUUUAGAAGAACAACUUGCACGUACAUUAAAAAUUUGUAAACCAUUUCUUGAAGAUGAAGAUGAAAAAGAAGAAGAACCAUCAUUACCAGAACUCACUUCUGAAAUGAUGCAAGUUAUUAAAAAUGCACUUAUUCCAAAUCCAAGAGAUCAAGUACUUGUUGAACAUUUUGGUUUAAGAGUAACUAGAAAAGAUAUUCAUACAUUGGCUGGUCUUAAUUGGUUAAAUGAUGAAGUUAUUAAUUUUUAUAUGAAUUUAUUAAUAGCAAGAGGUAGUCAAGAUAAAUUUUUAAAUGUUCAUGCAAUGAAUACAUUUUUUUAUCCAAAAUUAUUAUCUGGUGGUCAUUCAUCAUUAAAACGUUGGACAAGAAAAAUUGAUAUAUUUGCUCAGGAUAUUAUUGUUGUACCAAUUCAUCUUGGUGUACAUUGGUGUAUGUCAAUUAUUGAUUUUCGAGAUAAAUCAAUAAGAUAUUAUGAUAGUAUGGGUGGACAAAAUUCAAAAUGUUUAACAGCUUUAAGAAAAUAUCUUGAAGAUGAAAGUCUUGAUAAAAAGAAAAAACAAUAUGAUACAAGUGAUUGGACCCUUGAAAGUAUGAGAGACAUUCCUCAACAAAUGAAUGGUAGUGAUUGUGGUGUAUUUUCAUGUACAUUUGCUGAAUUUAUUUGUGCUAAUCGUGAAAUUACAUUCAGUCAAGAAAAUAUGCCAUAUUUUAGAAGUAAAAUGGUCUAUGAAAUACUUAAAGUUCAAAUUUUGUAAAUCAUAUAUGUUUUUUUCCCAUUAAUUAUUUUUAUAUAUUAAAUUGUUUUGGUAUAUAUAUAUAUAUAGGUGUGUUUUCAAUUAAAUUGGUGAAUUAUAAAUUGAUAAAACUAUCAUCAUUUACACGGUACAUAAUAAAUAGAUAAUUAUUUUUUAUUUUUUUUUUUUCAUACAAAAUUAUUCAUCAGUUUGUCGUUGACAAAAGUCGUUAGUUUGUCUUUUUUUUUCCAUAUUAUUUUAGAUAAAUAUUCAAAAAAAUUUGUGACUACAAAUAAAACUACUUUAGUGGCUAAGUUUAUUCUGAAUAAAAAAAACUUAAUUAUUAAGAAUUAAUAAACAUAAAUCAUCAAGACUGUAAAUUUUUAUUCAGUUAUCCUUAAAAUAUAUUUUUUUUUUUUUCAUGGAAAUUAGUCUUUUAGUACUAUAAGCACUAGUUUGUUUUUAUUUGUUUUUUUUUGUUUUAAGUAUGUUUAAAAACAAAGCACUUGAAACAUAUAUGAUGUAAAUAUUCCAUAAAAACUGUAUUUAUUACUUCAAUUAUAACAUGUUGAAAGACAAAUAAAUUCAUUGUUUGCACUGGUCAUCAAGCAAUUUAUUCAUUUUUUUUUAAUUUCUAAAAAACUUAUGAAAUUUUUGUUCAUGUUUUUUUUGAAUAUUGUUGCUCUUUAUAGAUUUUUUUAGGGGUUUUUUAAAAAAAUAGAUCCAGUUCAAAUAUUUUUAACACAAUAAUUUUCAGAUU